AUGAAAGCUACAGCACCCGGGAAACGGCAAAACGAUUGUGUUACAGAUUUGAUCUUGACACUCUUGCGCGUGCCGUCGACAGCAUCCCGUUUUGUUUUGGCUUCAGCCGUACCUUCCGUUGUAGUCAUGAGCGUGAAGUUGAGGAAGCUACUCGCUGCCACCAGUUGCUGGUUGGUCGUGGUGUACGGUUCGCUGGAUCGUGUUGCAGGUGCCGAUCAUGCGGCUACCGUGGACGGUAUACUCCGAUCGGUCGUUGCUGUGCGAUCUCAACUGGAACCGGUGGUGAAGUUGCGCUUGGCACAGCGAACGACGGCGCUACCUCCGGUGACCAGGAUGGGUGGACUGUCUUGUGGUGCAACGAUACGUGCCUCUGGUUUGCAACGGUUGUUCAACUGUGUUACAAUGGAAAAUCGUCCACCGGAGGUUGUACCGACGGUUUCCCAGUUUAAUGUACAGGAGCGUACCAACGACACACCCCAAUACACUGCGGUGAAGAUAAUCAGCGCAGAUAGGAAGGGCGCCUGGUCAACGAACAGUGAUGGAACGUCUUCAUCCGGGCAGGAUGUGGCGAAACGUCCAUAUCAGGAAGAACGUCCAUCGAAUCCUCUCGGUCUUAUAUUUCCUACACUGCAGCAGAUAAAUCAAUUCAACCAAUGGCAACGACCUUACCAGAGUCCCAACCAACUUCCAGCAGCGACCAUUCCCACCAGCACCACAACCAUCACGACGGUUCGUCCACGAGGGAAUGAUUUUUAUUUUCCACCCAGUGGUGAUGAUCGCUUCACGGCCGUUAGCACUGUACGGCCUGCUCCGUAUUACACCACAACGGUUCCAACGAGUGUCCCGACUGGGGAAACGGGCACACAACCGUCCAGCUGGGCAGGUUCGGACAUUACAGAACAUCCACCAGAGGAAGGUACUACGGAACCACCAGAAGAGGAAAGUGGUCUUGGGAAUCGAAUCGAUAGUAAAGUGUUGCUAUCUCUCGUGGGCUAA